AUGUUCUCUCCCAGCAGGAAGACCUCAGUGAGCCCGCGUAAAGUGGUGCCUUUGAAGGGGCUCUUCCAAGAUGGCAUCUGGAUGUGCAACUGCCGGGAACGGCUGCCCGCGGUGAAACGAGAGACCAAGAAGCCUGGAAAGAACCAAGGACGGUACUUCUGGACUUGCCAGAAUCCUCCGGGGAAACAAUGCGGCUUCUUCCUUUGGGCCGAUGAAGCCGAAGUUCGUGAGAAGGAGGCCAUCCUCGCCAACUCUCGCUCCGAACUCGAAAACCGCGAUGCCAGCUACCACACUCCUUCCAACAAUACAUAUCGUGCAGGCAAUGGCCUUUUGACGCCUCAGACCGAUCGUAGGGUGAUCGAUGUCCCACCCCGCCAGUUCAAAUCACCACCGAAGAGCGCAAAGGCGCGGAUGAUGACUGAAGAUACGGAUGAAUUUGGCUGGAAUGAUGACUCGGAGGAGAACGAAGAGCUCUCUGAAGUUUUAAAUUCAACGCAACCGAUACUGUCGCAACCCAACUUCAACCCCGAGACGCCGCAGAAAGCAGCCCGCACCGCGUCAACGACAUCUCCAGGAAAGCGCAAGCUAUUCGAAUAUUCACACGACGAGUCAAGCGGUACUAUAUCACCACUCGCAACACCAACCUCGUCGCGAUCCGGUCGCUAUCCCCCAUCCUCAGCCGAACUAUGCAUGACGCCGACUCCAACCAAGUACCGGGAUGUGCUGAGCACGGAUUCUAAGUCUGAUAUGUCAAAUCUAGCACAGCAGGCUACUGCGGUGCUGGACAAGCAUGAUGUGGUACUGCCUAACGAAGCGCGCGACGAGCUUCUCAAGCUGCUUAAUAUCCAUGACUUGAAGUUGAAUGGUGCGAUCAGGGGACGAGAUGCCGUGCGCACGGUACUUGACAAAGAAAGGGCUCUUCAUAAGGAGGAAAACCUGCGACUGAGCCAAGAGAAUGUGAAGUUGAAAGAGCAAAACAUGAGUCUCGAGGCGCACAAUGCGAUGCACCUCUCUGUCAUUGAUUCCUUCAAAGAAUGA